GGUAGAUAUGUAUUUUGCCAAUUACGUAUCCAAUUGAAACACAUCAAAUCAUAUCUGUAACAGACUUUCUGUGAGUUUAAAUGGGUUUAAGAAAUGCAUUAUCUGUCUUACUAAAGAGGGACUUUUAUUUUGACGGGUGUUGUAGUCUACAGGGAAGGAAAGGGAGAGCACGCAGUUCAAGUUCAUCAGAGUUGUGUCGCAGAUAACGUUUGCAACUUUAAGCACCCCCCGAAAAUGCAUAAGCUCUUACGGUGAUUCUUGGAGUCUUACGGUGAUUUUUGAGUGAAAACGGACUCAAUAAACUUCAUUAACAUCAGUAAAGCUUGGGCCAUCAUUCGGGCGGGGUCUGCUACAGUAAGAGCUUUACCUUCGCUGGUUAAGAUCCUCGAUGCACGUGCAUGCUCACGAUGGCAAUGUGACGGAUUGCUGCACGUCGGAAUCAGCGUGAUGGUCUACGGAGCAGAGUCGCUGUAGUCAACGAGUUCACUAUGGAAAUGGAUACGGACGAACCGGAUUCUGAAAGCCUGCUUCAGACGGAUAUUGAAGGUGAAAAGGAUAAAAAUGAAGCAGUUAAAAAUAAGGAUAAAGAUAAACCUGAAUCUCAGUGUCAAAAGCAAGACAGUAAAGAACUCACUCGACGUUCAGAACGUCCGCAUAUGCCCACGGAGAAAAUGCUUGCUUAUCAGAAAGAUGAAUGCUGUAAGAAAGAAAAAAGAUUAAACACUUUGUAUGAGCAAUGGAAGAUAGAAGCUCGUAAAGCAAGACAGAGCUUAAAAACUGACAUAACUGAUAAACAGCUGGCUGAAAUGGCUGACUCUAUUGAGGACAAAAAAAAUAAUAUUUUGAAACUCUUCAGUGACAUAAGGGAACAUGUUACACCUACUGCAGAUUUAAGACGAAAAAUUGAUGCAUGUGAAGCUGUGACCAAUGACAUAAUCAAAAUAGUGCUUGAAAGAAUGGCAAUUGUAGAUGGCGAAUUUGAUGCAGAAAGAGAAAGGGGCAGGCUGCGUGAACUUUUAGCACAUAGUUAUGCUCGCUCUAUAUAUGGUUCCAGUGCUUCAAAAACAAGUGUCAGUAGCCAUUCCAGAUCCUCUAGUGCAACAAGCAAACGUGCAGAUGCUGCAGCAGAACUGGCUGCAAAAGAGGCUGAAUAUAAGAUGAUGCAAACAGAAAGGCAACAAAAGGAAAAAAUAAGAACUUUAGAAGAGCAACUCAGAAGAGAGUUAGAAACUCAAAAGUUUGAACUGGAACGGCUGCAGGUAGAAAAGGAUAUAGAGGUUGCUCGAGCCAGAAUAAAAUCCUAUGAUGAAGAAAUAAAACAAGAGACAAGAAGUCAGUCAAUACCGAAUGAUCAUCAAGGGCAGAGAAAUGAAAUGUUACAUCAUUGCAGUGUUGUUCAGUCAACACCUCUCAGUGAAGUGUCCCAUCUUGCUCAGGCAGUUCAGGACAGCAUAGCCAUCAACAGGUUACCCAUACCCGAGCCUUCAGUGUUCAAUGGAGACCCAAUUCAGUUUGUGGACUGGAAAGCCUCAUUUAUGUCACUUAUAGAUAGAAAAGGCAUCUCUGCAGCUGAUAAACUCUAUUAUUUGAAAAAGUAUGUCAGUGGCUCAGCACACAAAUAUCUUGAAGGCACCUUUUAUCGUAAUGAUGAAGAAGCGUACAAAGAUGCUUGGAACAAGCUUAACCAAAGAUACGGGCAGCCAUUUGUCAUUCAAAGAGCAUUCCGUGAAAAGCUGUCAAAGUGGCCAAGAAUAUCAUCCAAAGAUGCAGAAGGCCUGAGAACAUUUUCAGACUUCUUAAAUGCCUGCCUGCAAGCCAUACCUCAUGUUAAAGGCCUGGAAAUAUUAAACGACUGUGAAGAGAAUCAAAAGCUGGUACAGAAACUUCCUGACUGGGCAGCCUCCAGGUGGAACCGCCAAGUCACAACAUCACUUAUGGAUGGCAAGGAAUUUCCAAGCUUUCAAGACUUUGUAAAAUUCAUGUCAACUGAAGCAGAAAUAGUGUGUAAUCCUAUCACUUCUCUACAUGCUCUUCAUUCAUGCGAGUCACCUCAUGAGAGAAGAAUCUUAAAUGAAACCAAAAGAAACAAGGCGAUUGUCUUCAAAACACAAACAACAGAAAACAGUGACAAACAGACAAUGGCUAAAGGACAGUUAAAAACACCAUGCAUGUUGUGUCAAGAUGACAGCCAUCCACUCUGUAAGUGCCCAGAAUUCAUGGUAAAGUCUCUGAAAGACAGAAGGUCCUAUGUCAAAGACAACAAACUCUGUUUUGGGUGUAUGAAACCAGGUCACUGUGCUAAGGAUUGUCGGCAUCGCCACACAUGUGAUGUAUGCAAACUGCGACAUCCCACAUGUCUUCAUGACUACAACUAUGAGAAUAACGGAAACAGAAAGCAACCAACGGUUAGCAUGGAGCAUGCACGUGAGAGUGAGAUUACAGAUGCCAUAUCACUUAAUAACACAAGACAAGGUCGUUCAGUCAUUACAUCCAUGAUUGUACCUGUGUGGGUGUCGUCCAUCAAAAAUCCAUCCAAUGAACAGCUUGUCUAUGCUUUGUUAGACACUCAGAGUGACACCACUUUCAUUGAUGAAGAAGUGAGUAAUACACUGCAAGUGGAUUCUCAGCCAAUAAAACUCAAACUUACCACCAUGAUGGGAGAUAGUAUGAUAAUUAAAAGUAAAAGAGUGUCUGAUCUUCGUGUGAGAGGGUACAAUUCAUCAGUACAUAUCAAUUUGCCUCCAGUAUACACCAAGGAGUGUAUUCCUGUAAAUCGUGAUCACAUACCAACACAGGAAACGGCAAAGAACUGGAGUCACUUGAAGGUAAUCACAGACGAAAUGUCACCUCUUCUCAGCUGUGAAGUAGGUUUACUUAUUGGCUACAACUGCCACAGAGUGCUAGCUCCCAGGCAAGUUAUACUAGGAAAAGAUGAUGAACCUUAUGCUAUUCUAACUGACUUAGGAUGGAGUGUUGUGGGCUGCUCCACACCAGGUAUCAACGGAUCAACAUCAGUCAGUCUGUGUCACAGAAUAGCCACAAAGGAGAUUCCAGCUUUGACACCUAUGGAUGCCAUCCGUGUACUCGAGUCGGACUUUAAGGAUGUCACAGCAGAUGAAAAGACAAUUUCUCAGGAUGAUAUUGUGUUCCUAGACAAACUCAAAGAAGGUAUAAAAAAAAAUGCUCAAGGACAUUAUGAAAUGCCUCUUCCGUUCAAACAACGGCCAUACUUACCUGAUAACAGAGAGCUUGCCAAGGUCAGACUCAAUCAUUUGAACAAGAAAUUCUGUAGAAACUAG